UCAAAGGCAGCGAAAACAACACACAAUAAAAAGCACUAAAACCCCAGCUUUAAUACUCAAAUCAGGCUAAGUUAACAGAGGAUUCAUUCAUUCAUCGUUUGGAAUUCGCUCAAACUACCAACUGAAAUUCUUUCUCCAAUCUUAGCAAUCCAGAGUUUCUCAAUUUGCAGAAUUUGCAUGGUUUUGGGUAAUUUAGAAACCAUCACCAACAAUGGCGGAAACCGACCCAAGCAAAUUGGUAUGCAGCACUUGCGAUUCCCUCGGCCUUUACAUGGACGACGAUGGCCGCUUCUACUGCACCAACUGCAACUCUCAAGCCGCAGACAUCAUCGACAACGCCAACGCCGACGAAGAUUUCAUCGACAAAGGCAUCCAUGGCGGCGCCACCUACAACGCCGCCCACAGACGCGCUGUCCCUGUUCCUGCCCCCGACAAUGAACCCCACGACGCCCAUCUGGGUCCCACUAAACCUGCUGAUUUUGGGAAGACCCUUAAAAGGGGUGAUUUCAAUGAAGAAGAUUACUACAAUGCUAUUCGUAAGAGAUAUGUUUUGGGUCUUCAGUUGAUGGUUCAGUUUCAGUGUGAAUCUCUUGUGCAGAAUUUUGGUGUUACUCCUUUGAUUUGUGGGAUUGCUGCUUCUAUUUGGUUGCGUUUUGUUGCUUCUACUAAGGUUUUUGAUGAUGACUGGGCUGAUAAAACUAUCAUGGAUUCUGAAACUGGUGAAAAGAGAUUACAAGUCGGAAGCCAUUGUGUAAAGGAGCCUCGAAAUAUGCAUAACGAACGUAUGGUAAUCAUAUGGAUUAGAUCUUUGAAAAAAACGAUACCCUUAUCAUGCUCCUUGGCUGUUUCAUAUUUGGCCUGUCAUAUUGCUAAAGAACCGGUUCUUCCAACCGACAUUAUAAAAUGGUCUAUUGAAGGGAAGCUUCCUUAUUUUGGUGCUUUUCCUAAGAUUGCUGAAUCCAUCAUACAGAUUGAGAAAUACCAUCAACAUGCUUCAGUUGUAUGUCCAUUAAAAGCAAGUUCUAUGUUUAAGCCUAAACAACUUCCUUUACAGAAGUUGGAGUCGAUGGCAGCAUCUAUAGCUCAAUCUGUAGGCCUGAAUUUGCCUCCGGUCAACUUUUACCGAAUAGCUUACCGUUAUCUAAAGCAGUUAUCUCUUCCUGUGGAAAAAAUUCUUCCAUAUGCCUGCCGCAUACAAGAGUGGUCAAUGCCUCCUGAUUUAUGGUUGUCUGCAAGUGAGGAAAAGCUUCCGUCUCGUGUUUGUGUGAUGUCAAUACUGAUUGUCACAAUUAGGGUUCUAUAUAAUCUCAAUGGUUUUGGCAAGUGGGAAUCUACUCUGUCUCCUCCAAUUGUCUCUUCAAAGGAUGGUCAGGCAGCAAGUUUUGAGAAGUCCAAUGCAAAGAAAGGGGCUGAAGAAGCAUCUACAAAUUUGGGUGGAGAACCUGAGACAAAUUUGUCGUCUGUUCAUAAAUUUGAAUCUGAUAGCACUGAGCUUUUGCGCAACCUCGAAAAGAAAUACGAUGAUUUGAGUGAUAAAUUUGAAUAUUCCAAAGAUUUACCAACCUAUCUUCAGUAUUGCAAGGAUGUUGUAUUUGCUGGUGUCGAGCCAUUAUACAAGGAUCCUACUUUUAUAGAAGAACUUUGGGAUUUUUAUGAGAAAAAUCGAGAGGACAUUAAAACAUCUGGGGAGUUUGAAUCUGGAUCAAAUCAGAAGAGGUCAAGGGACAAUGAUAAAUUUUUCAGUACCCCAUCAAAGGACAGCAAGAAGCAUAGAGAUAAAGAAAUUUCCAGCUCUCCAGCAGCUGAUAGUGGGUUUCAGUCUAACUAUAACAGCCACAACUGGGAUCCAAGUGCUGAUAAUACUCAGCAAAGUUCACAAACAUGUCAAUUUCCAGCAACUAUGGAUAGAGAUGACGCUUCAUCUCAAAAUUUGGAAGAUAUAGCUCUUAAAUAUCUGAAAAUAGAUAUGGAAGAACACCGUUUCUGUUACAUACCACCAAGGGUGGAAGUCAAGAGACGUGACCACCUGCACUAUUCACGGAAGAGGGGUGAUGGUUCUUUAGGUUACGUUGCCCAUGCUGAUUACUAUAUCCUACUUAGAGCAUGUGCAAAAGUGGUCCAGGUUGAUAUUCGUAUUAUGCAUAUCGGUAUACUCAGUCUAGAAAGAAGAUUGGGAUGGAUUGAAAAGUGGAUUGAUCAUAGUUUGGUGGAAAAAUGUUCUGGAGGCCCUGUUGAAAAUGUGGAUGAUUCAGAAGAUGAAUCUGUUAAUUUAUCUAACAUUAGUAUAUAAUUUUUGGUCUGCCCAGCCAUUUUGUGUGUGGUAGAGAGGUACUUUCUUUCUUUGUUGAUGGGAAAAAUUGCCGGACUUUGGGGAUCAUCAGCUAAUGAAGUCGUCAGCAGUCAUUAGUGAGAGCUAGAGACAAUUUUCCAGUGUUUGCUUACAAGAAUGAAUAUCUAGAAGAGGUUUCCCAGUGUGCGCAAUCAAGUGAGAUAUCCCUGCUGUCUUUUACUAUCCUAGUGUUGAAAAGGUGUGGUGUGAGGGUGGUUUUGUGCAGGUCAAGCUUGAAGAGAAACAGUCUCCAGCUGCAGAUUGGUCAGGCUGCAGAGUUUUCCAGAGCUGCUACAGUUGCGUUGCGUUUUGGGGGGAUAAAUAUCAGAGAACUACAUGAGUGCACUUUGAGAUGGUCUUUUGUUAUGUACAGCAGGCAGCAGAAGUGUGCAGAUUUGCUACAGUUGUGUAGGGUUUUGGGUGGAUGAUUAUCAUGAACUGCACGAGGACACUGUGAGACAGUCUUUUGUUAUGGUUCGGCUGGCUGUAAGCUAUCUUGCAGCAUACCAACAUUACCAAGAGGCAGUAAGCAUAAAUGGUUCUGGUUCAGCAUGGUGCAGACUGGGGCAGUGACUCUUGGUAGCCCCUUUCAGCGUGUCAAAUGUCAAUGAAGGAUAAACACUGAUUGUGUGUUCUAGGCUCAUUGGGUUUGUGGAUAAGGGUUGUUUUCCGUAAUCAAGGAAGCUUGCAAGCUAGUGAGGAAAGAGCAGUGAGAAGUCUUUGAUUUUUGAGGCAAGAGUCAUGGACUUAGGACUCUUGUUUUAGCAAGACAUAGUGAUAUGCUGGAAGGCUUGCAACAAAAUUUUCUGGGAUGAGUGGUGGUGGUCGUCGUGCCUAUGACCUCUUCAUCAGCAUCCUUUGGGUUCCUUUUACACCAAUACACCAAAAUAAAUAUUUUGAAAUAUGCGAGUGAAUAAUUAAUUUCAUUUAAGCUAAAACAUCGGUUAUGUGAUGCUUGACUGCAUGAAGAUUUGUGUAGCCUGUAUAUCGAAUAAUGCUCUUCACAUCAAGGCAAAUUUAAACAGUUGCUUAUGCAUUUGAUAUCGGUUCUGUAGUGUCUUAGCUGUGUAUGGGCACCACCUGGGUUCACAGCCACAAGAUUAUCAAGUCAUCCAACAUUUUACUCGAUAUGGAGCUAUAAUCAUCGAAUGUGGUUCAGCAACUUUGUAUCAGCAAUUUACCAGUUUCAGUUGACAGCUCCCAUUGACCACGGCUACUUGAUUUGUGUUGGCUGUGGAUGAGUUAAAUAAAUGUGAAUUCUACUGGUUUAUUCGUACUACUUCAUUAUCCUGGAUUUUACUGCUAAGACUGCAUUCUUUUUUUGAUGACUA